AAGUUAUCUAGAUAUUUGAAAAUUAUUUACAUUUUGAAACUAAAGAAGUUUUCUUAAACUAGUUACAAUAAGAAAAGGAGGUAGGAUAUAUUAGCUUCACUAAUGCAUAAAGCCCAUAAUAUAUCUACUGGCGGCAAAAAUAGGAAAGAAAUCAAGUGAUAAUGUAUAAGAAUCUUUUCACAAGUUUAAACAAAUUAAACGUUUACACGUAAAUGUUUGACUCUCUUUUGAUCCUGCUAAAUUUUACCAAAACAGCCAAAAACCUUUGAAUACUGCUAAGAUUUUUUUCUAAUUAUUAUUUAUCUCUAUCUCUCUCUUUUGCUCUGGUGCCGCCAUGGAUCUUCUUUGUUGGAGCUCGGUUUGUCUUUUGAUCCUUACGUUUUUAUCACCUAAAACACUAUCAAUGAGGUAUGAAGUUCAUUCUGGGCAGAUGAAAUGCAUCUCGGAGGAUAUUCACGCAAAAUCCAUGACCGUUGGCAAAUACUUCAUCGUAAACCCUAACGAUGAACACCAUCCUCUCCCUGAUUCUCACAAAAUCAUCGUCCAGGUGAUGUCGCCACAAGGGACGAUGCUGCACGAAGCCGAUAAUACGGAGUCUGGCCAGUUCUCGUUUACUGCAUCUGAGACCGGUAGUUACUUAGCGUGCAUCACCGCCGUCGAUCAUAAGCCGGAGACAACAUUGACCAUUGAUUUCGAUUGGAGGUCUGGUGUUCACUCCCAAGACUGGUCGAAAGUGGUGAAGAAGAGCCAAGUCGAAAUGAUGGAGUCCUCGGUUAAGAGCUUAUUAGACACUAUGGUUUCCAUCCACGAGGAGAUGUAUUAUCUUCACGAAAGGGGAGAAGAAAUGCAUGAACUGAAUAGAUCCACAAACUCGAAGAUGGCGUGGUUGAGUUUCUUAUCGCUCGGGGUUUGUUUAUCGGUGGCUGGUUUUCAGUUUUGGCACUUGAAAUCUUUCUUCGAGAAAAAGAAACUCAUUUGACUAGUACGUACGCAUUCUGUGUUAAGACUAAGUACCAUUAUAAAGAAGCUAUAACUUUUGAAGUGUCGAGCAUACAGCUGAAAACAUUUGAUGAUAAUGCUGAAACAAUCAUACAUGGAGAAUGCAAUUCUCAAGCUUUUUCCUUU